UACAUCAACAACUACAAGUGCCUCAUCCACGUAGCAACAGGAAGAGACAAAGUGAACUGGAGAUACAAAAGUUACACGGAAUGCCACAGACCGAGAGUGAGAGGUUAAAGUGUGGGCGUGUAGGCAGAGAGCGACAGCAGCAGGCAGAACUGCAUGAACAUGGAGAUGUACCAGGCAAACCACAGCCUCCCCCCAGGGAUUUUCUGUCACCCCAACCCUCGACUUAUACCUCUGGAGCUCAGUGUACCGGAGAUGACCAGAGGAGGCAGGUUUCUAAACUGUUGCCUGGUAGGUCUCAGUCAGGCCAGCACAGACCCUCUGUAUUGCGCCAGGCUGUCAGAACGACCCACAGGCGGCACCAUGUGGAGCCUGGUUCAGCUCAAGCUAUCGCCCAGUGCAAGGCGGAGGUGGAAACAGGCAUGAGCCAUCAACAGUUUUCUCUCCUGCAAUCUGGCCCCUCUCCCAGGCAUAUUGAUCCCACCCCUUCUCCUAGGAGAGACGGUCUGCUUGAAGCCUCCAUCUUCAGCAAGCAUCAGAAUGGCCCAAGUCUCCAAAACCCAGGGAGUGUCGGAACUCUGUUUCUGAAUGGCCUCUGCCGCUGGCCAGGUUGUGAUUCAGUAUUUGAGGAAUUUAACAGCUUUCUGAAACACCUUCACGCUGACCAUAGCUAUGGAGACAAAAGCAUUGCACAGUGGAGGAUACAACAAGAUAUGGUGCAGUAUAUGGAAAGCCAGCUGACUCUGGAAAAACAGAAACUCUUUGAAAUGCAACUUCAUCUGCACCUAUCUCAAAACAAGUCAACUGAUUUGAGGGCAGGUUUAGACUGGCCCUACAGCCUGGCACUCAUCACGUCCCAGGCUCGGGCAGCAGAUGAAGACCAAGUGCCACACUGUGCCACUAAAGAGCCAGAGGAGCUUGCGCAGCACGAGUUCUGGCCUGCUGGCACUGCCCAUCUACUGCCAGAGUCUCAAGAAUUCAUCUCAAACAUGGCCAUGUUUUUGUUGGGAUGCUCCAUAGAUGUGGUCCCAGGGAUCCAGUGUUACAAAUACAACAACAUCAGGCCUCCAUACACCUAUGCCUGCCUGAUACGAUGGUCUAUACUGGAGUCUCCAGACAAGCAGCGCACUCUGAAUGAGAUCUAUAACUGGUUCACCACUAUGUUCUUUUACUUCCGACACAACACUGCCACCUGGAAGAAUGCUGUGCGCCAUAAUCUUAGCCUGCACAAGUGUUUUGUGCGAGUGGAGGGAGGCAAAGGGGCUGUCUGGACUGUGGAUGAAACAGAAUAUCAAAUGCGGAAGGGACAGAAGUAUUACAGGGAUCAUCCUGUGAAAUGGUUGACACCCUACUCUUUCUUUCGUCCGGAGGAACCAUGAGGUCGGGCAACAACUCAUGUACAGUUCAAAUCGGGUUGAUGCUGUCAGACUUUGCUCAGCAGAGGGCGCCAGAAUGUAGUAUUGUCCAAUACUAUUUUCCAUAAAAUGUGCGAUUUUGUGCGAUGGAAGAGAACAGAAUAUUAAGCAAUAUUUUUUGUGUAUUAUAUUGGAAAAAUAAAGUGGUGCAAGUUGACAGUUUUUUUUAUGUAUUCUUCUCAGGUAAUAUGUAUACAUGCAACAAUAAAACUUUUUUAUAAUGUG